GGGCUGAGAGCGGGCGGCGGCAGGGACUUGCGGGGGGGGCUCCCCUCCCCUCCCCCCACGCGCCAUGACGGCAAACGAAGACCAGGAGAUGGAACUAGAAGCAUUACGUUCUAUUUACGAAGGAGACGAGCGUUUCAGAGAACUUAGUCCUGUUUCCUUUCAGUACAGGAUAGGUGAAAACGGAGAUCCUAAAGCCUUCCUAAUAGAAAUUUCCUGGCCAGAAACAUACCCACAGACGGCUCCAGUCAUAUCCAUGGAUGCUUUCUUCAACAACACAAUAUCUUCAUCUAUAAAGCAAAGCAUAUUGGAAAAAUUAAUGACAGAAGUGGACGUUAAUCUUGGAACUGCCAUGACGUAUACACUUUUUGAAUACGCCAAAGAUAAUAAAGAAUUGUUUAUGGAAAAUCAACCUGCUUAUGUUGCACCUUCAGGAGGCAAUAAUAUUUCAGUAGGAACUCCUGAUGUAGUCUCAUCAAGUAAGAAAAAAGACAAAAAGGAACAGUUGUCCAAAACCCAGAAACGAAAGCUGGCAGAUAAAACAGAUCACAAAGGAGAGCUUCCUCGAGGAUGGAACUGGGUGGAUGUUAUUAAGCAUUUAAGCAAAACUGGUUCUAAAGAUGAUGAAUAAAGGACUUUGAUACAAGAAAACUCCACCUUUUUAAUACAGUGCAAUUUUGGGUCAGCAUCUUUUUCUUAGUAAUUUUCUUGUUAAAGUAAAACAUUUUAUAAAGGACAGUUUCCUAACUAGUAAACCUGGCCACGUGUUUAUCCAGGUUAUUCUGGUUUUUCAUUUUUCUUCACAAAUAAAAUCUUGCCUUAAAGGAAGGUAAAAGUGUGACAGAAUAUAUUGAACUUUAGAGAGCUUAUUUGCUUUCUGUCUGUAGCAGAGAAGAAUAGGGAUAUAUGCAGUGUUAAUUUAUAUUUUACUAUUUAGUAAAAUAUAGUGAAGUCUGGUUAUAGUGAAUCCUUUGACAUUGUAAGCAUUUCCUGACACUCUUAUUCCAAUGGAAGAAAAACACUAUAACAGUGAUUAAUCACUUGACAGCAUAACUAUUAAAAAUAAACUGUUCACUCUAAAUAAAACUGUUGUUGUUUGUUUCCCUAAUUACAAGUGUAGAACAACAAUAAAACAUGAUUAUGCUGCUAAAGAUUUGUCUGAGCUAAAAUAUGUAGUCCUGUUUUAACUUAACUGCCACAAUUGCAAAUGCUAGUUAAAACAAGAUUGCAUGUCUGAGCUGUACAAUUUCAAAGUAGAAGAUAAUGAGCAGUUUUUAUACCAGUAUGUAUUCUUUGUUCUGUGCAGUAUACUAUCUGUUUUAGUCUUUCUGCCAUGUGCAUCUUUACGGAAGGCCUGGGGGUUUGAGGGAGAGAAAGUUGCUCUCCUUUUGAUAAUGAAUUGCUGUGCUGAUCUGUUCUGAUGGGCUUCUAUUUUCUUCCAUUGGGGAAACGGGUUCACCAUGCGGGUUUGUUCUCAGAAUUAUGGAAUGCUGGGGAAAAUGUCACCCCCCUGCCAAAUCUGUUGGAAAACAUUUUUGUACAGGUCUGCUGUCUUGUAUCAAAAAAGAAAAAUCCUCUUACUGUGUAAACAGUAAUUGAGUAGAAGAUGCCUUAAUGUCAUUAAAUUUUGUUUUGAGAUUGACUUUAAUAAAUACCUAUUUAUCUGCCA